GGCGCUGUUAUUCUCAUAUAUGGGUAGGAUCCUCCAUCCGCAUACUCUCCGACAGUAGAGCAGUCUUGAUGGCUCUAAAAAGCCAUAUAGUCACAUCCAAACUUAUACACGAAUGCCACGAACGACUAAUGGAGGUAUGUCAUAACAAUAAGAUCACCCUACAAUGGAUCAAAGGACACAGCGGAUCCCGGGGUAACGAUGCUGCGGACGAGCUUGCCAGGCAAGGAUCGAGUGCGGGAGCGAUUGGCCCAGAACCGAUCCUCCCGAUACCGUUUAGCAAGGUACGCUCAAUGCUGCUGGCACGUACAGGGAAACUACACACAGAACAUUGGCUAAACCAGACUGGAUGCAGACAGGCCAAACAAGCUAUGCCUGGCAUCAGCGGAAAGCUCACAAGGGUGCUCCUUCAAUUAGGAAAGACCCGACUGAGCAUGGUGACCAGUGUAAUAACAGGUCAUGGACUAUUUAACAAACAUCUUUUUAUAACAGGUGUCACAGACAGUCCCCUAUGCAGAGGAUGCAUGGAGACAGAAGAAACAGCCUCUCACGUGGUGCUGGAGUGCAGCGGAGUGGCCCCAUACAGGGCAAAACAUCUCGGAUCCCCGAGAGACCUCCCCGAGGUCCUACUCAACAUCAAAGGUUUGAUAGGUUUCCUCGAGGAGCUGGGCUGGCAGGACUAGCCCACCCCCAUGUCACGCAAAAUAGGCGCCAGUCGUCGAGUUGCGGAAAAUCGCCCGAA